CGCGCGAGCGACCGUUGGAGCCGCCUGCAGAGGCGGGGGUUGCGCGAGCCUGGGCGGGAACGGGGCCGGGGCUGCAGCCGCCCUGUGAGGGGACGAGAGGAGCGGAGCCACCCGCGACCCCAGCCACCCGCGACCCCAGCCACCCAGGACCACAGCCCCCCGGAACUGGGCAGUGCGGCUUUAGCCUCCACAGAUCUCCUGCUUCCACAGGGUUUCAGCCUUCACAUGGCUCUGCCUCAGCGCCUUCGCCCUCACGUGCCCCGUAAGCCUCCUCCUACCCCCGCCCACAGUUGGUGUUCCCUCCCCUGGCACCAGACAGUGCGUUUGUAUUAAAGCGCGGUGCCCUGUCGUACGGAGCUGUUUCUUAUUUUUGGUUUUCAUUUGAAGGGGAUGAAGGGUACUGGAGCCUGCCUGUACAAGCAGAAGCAAGACACAACUGGGAGCUGAUGUUGCAUUGCUGAGUGAGACAAGAGACUGAGGAAGCACUGAUCACAAUUUCAGACUAAAAUUUCAAGCUAAAAGGACAAGUGCAAACAGAACUACCCACAAGCCUUAAAGACAGGGGCAGCGCCGCUUCACCCCACAACCCUUACAACAAGCAGAAACCAAUCACCACCUUAAUUACACCUGAGCAACAUUUCCCUCCUGCUGUGCUCCAGGCUGCGCUUCAGCUCCUGUCAGAGCCCAUCACAAGGACCCAAACCCCGUUCUAGAAGCUGGAUGAGGAGACGCCAUCCUGCCCCUCCUGCGGGCCGUUCAGCUGCAGGGGCCCUCACCGCCCGACUGCCCUCCUGCGCCUUCCGGACAGGAUAAACCAACACCUCUGGCUUCUCUUUCCUUAUCCAAGCACCGAUGGUUCUCAGGAGAUAAACCCCACCGCCUGACCCAGCUCCUAUUGCCGCUUCCCCCAUCUGCGGGGCCCGUUCUUCCUCCGGAGCCGGACGGUUUUAAGCGGGGGACGUGAGCGGCCGGAAGCGGCGGGUUGGAGCGCGGGCACAUCCGGCGCUCGCCCGCCCUCGCCUCCCCAUGGCCGCCGCGGUGGAUUUCAAAACCUACGUGGACCAAGCUUGUAGAGCUGCAGAUGAAUUUGUUAACAUUUAUUAUGAGACAAUGGAUAAAAGAAGGAGGGCUUUAACAAGACUUUAUUUGGACAAAGCAACGUUAAUUUGGAAUGGUAAUGCAGUGUCUGGGCAGGAAGAACUGAAUAAAUUUUUUGAAAUGUUGCCAUCUACUGAAUUCCAGGUUAAUGUGUUGGACUGCCAGCCCGUUCACGAGCAAGCUACUCAAGGCCAGACGACAGUCCUCGUGGUGACAAGUGGGACAGUAAAAUUUGAUGGCGACAAGCAGCGCUACUUCAAUCAGAACUUCUUGCUGACAGCACAGGCCACACCCACCAACACAGUGUGGAAGAUCGCCAGUGACUGUUUCCGCUUUCAGGACUGGGCCAGUUAGUGAGGCCGGGCUGCGGGCAGUCACCUCUCUCCUUCGGCAGGGUGAAGUUAGCUGUACGGACAGCAGUUCUCCACACGGGGGAAACACUCGCUCUUCGUGUUGCAUUUGUCAUUAUGGAAGGUCUGCAGAUAUUUUCAGGGUUGAUACCGACGACCGUGGGUUUAGUAAUAAACAGUUUUAAUAUGUGAGAGGUUACUUGUGUUAGUUGAACUUGAGAAAAUGCUGAAGGGCAGUGAGGUGUGGUGGAAUCAUUCCUAAAAUGCCUUAUGUGCAGCUACGCUGCCACUUCCAGACUUCUUGUAUGUAAUGCUGAAUGCUGAAACUCUGCUAUUUGAACACAAAAUCCUCUUAAUGUAAAAUUCUGACCAAACAUGCAAUUGCUUCAGCUUGAAAAGAUCUUGAUUUUUACAGUAGCAUCUUCCCUCUUUUGAAGAAGGUGCUUGUGGUAUGUAGAUGGAAUUCUCAAAGCUCCCUACUCUGGCUUACCAGAGGCUGGGGAGGAUCAGCAAUGGUUUCUACUGUUUGUGAAAGUACCAAAUUCAACUCCUGAGUAUGUUAAUCUCUCAGAUAAUCCAAUGGGAAGCUAAUGUUAGCUUCUCUGAGAGGAAAGGACUAAAUAACCUCAUCAGUUUGCCUUUUGGCUUGAGCUUCUCAGACUUUGGUUGUAGGUUUUUUUUUCACACUGAUUGGUCUGUAGGGCAUGCUGAAUGAUUCCAAGCUCCUGUGCCAACAGCUCCUGUCACGUGCGUGUGAAGGACUUCAAAAUGAUUAUUUAUCUUUUGAAGUCCUACAGUGUAAAGAAAUGGGUCAGGUACAUCAUUUAUGUUUACUUUAACUGUCAGUUCUGUUGCUGUUAAGUUUGGAGUAUUUUCCCCAUAUUCAGUGUGCAAGUUCUGAAUCCCUUCUCUCUUUUCAGGAAAUGUUAGUAGAAAAGUGGCACUAAAAGUGUGUAUUACUGUGAAGCCUUCAAUUUUUCUCUUCAGUACUGUUACUUCCAACAGGUGCUUUGAUUAUUUCCAACUUAGAGGAGCAGCUCUGAACACAAGUCCUUCCUCUCAUGCAGAUUUUUACUGUACUUUUAAUUAUUACCUUUAAUUACCAAUUCUGGGAUUUUUUUUGUGUGUGUCUUGCUUUAAAUUUGCUAUUUCAAGCUUUCAGCUGCUUUAAAAUAGCUUUCAAGACUGCAGGUUAAGACUGUCUAUCUUGGGAACAUAAAUCUGCUGAUACUCAGAUUUACUCUUGUUUCAAACCAGUAUGCUUCUAUUUUAAGCAUAAAUUAAAAAACAAUUAAAAUUUAGCUAUAUACAUGAGUACACUUGCUUGUAACUGUAAGUACAUGAGGGGAACUUGUAUAACUGACCUUAAAAUAAGUCACAGUGACAGCAGCAACCUGAAUACAAAAGCAGCUACAACUACAGCUCACCUGGGUUUAUGACUUAAAUUGGUAAAACUGUGAAGAUGAGCAAUAUCUACCUUGUGUAAAACAUCCUAAACCAUCUGUAAUUUGCAGUGUGAUCCCAGAAAGAAUGGGAUGGUUAGGUGAAAUGUGUGGGUUUAUUUUCCUUCUGAGGCAGUUGAGUCUUUACAUCACUAAGUUAGAAUUAGUAACCUGUCCUUUCUCAGAAGCUGUUUAUUUUCUGAACUCUUGUGUAAUUAUCUUUCAUCUGGAGAAAAAAAAAAAAGACUAAUUUCUGUGUAACAAUUCAAGAAGUCCAUAGUUUUUGAAAACUGUAAAUACUGUAAAUACAUUGUUAUAUCUGUAUGAAGUGAAGAAAGGAUCACUAUUUAAUUACUGUUUGUUCUUAACAGAAUAUGUGAGGUUCAUAUAUAUUUGUAUUUCUUCUACAAGUUGGAAAAUUAAACUUAACCCUAAAUUUGCUGGUUACUGAUACAGAAUUGUUAAACUGUAAUACUGACAUGCUGUGCUUUUCUGGUUUUUUUCAUUUUGCUGUUGAUUAAAAGUAGUGUUACUUAUCUGCUUUGUGUAAACAAAACAGGGUUUUGACUUUUGAAAUGUAGUGUUGGGUGCAAGUAUAGCAUCUGCUCACUAAACUUGGAAAGCAGUCACCAGAACACACACCUAAACCUGUACCUGAGAAGCUUCUCCUGGGAAUAAGUACUUACUGGAUUCAAGUUUUAAUUCAUAUAGUAGUUUUUAAAGUUUUUCUAGUCUGGGAGAAUUAUACUAUAUGAGGCAAUGUUUAUAUCACAUGUUGUUCUUCUCAAGCUGUUCAAAUGUUGGCUGCUUUCAAGUUUGACUCUUGCAAUUAAUAUUUUUUAAAAAGCCAUCACUACCUGGAACAUGACCUAGGAAGCUUACUAGCUGAACAAAGCCAGUGUAAACUCCAAGAAAGAUGUGUAGCUGGGAUUGGAUUGGUAUCCACACAGGUGUUCUUGGGAAGAAAUGUAUUAGAAAUUCGUUAUACAUCAUUGCUUUCAGUGUAGGGUGAAGUGCCAAUUAUCUACUGCCUGUUUCUGUUGCCUUUGGUGGGGAUCACUUGGGGUGAUUCAGUACCACCAUGGUUAGCUGUUGCUCUUUGUAACUGAAAAUGCUGUUUUACAAAAUAGUUUUAUAGAACACCCUAUAAUAAUGUAACUAUUAGAUUAAAUCAGUGCUUUACAAUUGAGUAAUGGCAUAAAUAAAAAAAAAAAUUAAAUCUUUCAUACUAGCUGGAGAAGUCGGGGAUGCUGCAGCUCUGUGCUGCUUGUUACAACUUGUGUGCUGAAAUUAGCAGAAGAGAAACAUGCAAAUGCUUUUUUUUGUGUUCAGUACAAAACAAUGUGGCUGCUGGUUCAGUGUUCCACAUUGCUGAUUCUGUUGGAAUAUCUGAAAUUCACAAUGGGCAUCUAUAAAGUGAACAUGUUUGUGCUCUAAACUGCAAACAGGAGUUAAUAAUGCCAUUUUUUUGUUGUCUGGUACCAAGUUACUCAUGUACAACCUGGUCAGUGAAACAAAGCCAGCUGGAGAGCUAAGCACUUCCACAUACUAAAUUGUGGCUAUUGGAGACUUGAUAGAUUUCUUUGUGUAUAUUCCCUGUAUUGUCACUGGUUUUAUAUUGCUUUUUAUUCUUUUGGCAAACUGCAGUUAAAUUGACUUAAAAUACUUGUGCUGUUUCUUGAAAUGGAGAAAGGUGAUUUGUUCUGGUAGUUUUGAUAUGUAUUUGCUUCCUUAUCCUGACUGGAGAAAAGCACAUUACAAAGAAAUGUUUUAUCAGUAAAGUAACUUUUCACGCUUGAAUAUAUUUUGUAAGUUUUUUAAAUUGUUCAAGACCUCUUGUAAGAUUAAUUUAAAAGAAACCAAACAAACCAAAAACCUACCUGAUGUUCUAAUUUUUUAAUUAUUAUUAGAAGUUUUCAUAGUUUGUUCUUGUGAUAUUAAAACUGCAAGAAAUCA